GUAGAGGAGAACAGAGGAGAAGUGGCUGUGGCUGCUGCCUCUGCGUCAUAUUCAUACCAGUGCAGCUGAGAGCUGCCCUCCCUCCUCUUGUCCUCCUUUACCUUCCUUCCUACCUUCCCUCCUUCCUUCUCAUCAUCCAAUUUGCACACUGCUAGAUCCCCCCCCAACCCCCCCACCCCUCUUUCCAUUUGUGUCUCAUAACUGCAUUUGCUUCUCUCUCACUCUCUGUCCUUCUCCACUGUUUUCCUCUGUGUGGUUGACCCAGGCGGACUUUUUCGAGCGUGGGUGCAGAAGGAAGAGGACGACAAAGAGUUGGCCCAUGCGAGCAGCAGCAGCGUAUGGACUGAGUGCAGCUGUUUCCUUCAGAGCGGAGCCCAACAUGUGAGAAGAUGUCUGUUGGAGGUUGUGCUUGUCCCGGCUGUUCGUCAAAGUCAUUCAAGCUGUACUCUCCUAAGGAGCCCCCCAACGGCGGCAGCUUCCCCCCUUUUCAUCCAGGCGCUAUGCUGGAGAGAGAUGUGGGGCCUUCACCCAUGUAUCCCCCGUCGUACAUGGAGCCUGGAAUGGGGAGACCAACACCGUAUGGGAACCAGACAGACUACAGGAUAUAUGAACUGAACAAAAGACUACAGAACUGGACAGAGGACUGUGACAAUCUCUGGUGGGAUGCAUUCACCACAGAGUUUUUUGAGGAUGACGCCAUGCUUACCAUCACUUUCUGUCUUGAGGACGGACCCAAGAGAUACACCAUUGGCAGGACUUUGAUACCACGCUACUUUCGCAGUAUUUUCGAGGGUGGCGCCACUGAGCUGUUCUAUGUUCUGAAACAUCCCAAGGAGUCAUUCCACAGUAACUUUGUGUCUCUGGAUUGUGAUCAGUGCACCAUGGUAACACAGAACGGCAAACCUAUGUUCACACAGGUUUGUGUGGAGGGACGUCUGUAUCUGGAGUUCAUGUUUGAUGAUAUGAUGAGGAUCAAGACGUGGCACUUCAGCAUCAGACAACACAGAGAGGUUCUCCCCAGGAGCAUCUUAGCAAUGCAUGUGAGUCUCAGAGUCCACAAAGAAAACCAGAUACUUUUCCUCCCACUGGCCUUAAUACUGUUUCCCUGUUUUUCCCUCAAACAGGAUCCACAGAUGCUCGAUCAAUUGGCUAAAAAUAUCACUCGAUGUGGGCUGUCCAACUCCACACUCAACUACCUCCGUCUUUGUGUGAUUCUGGAGCCCAUGCAAGAGUUGAUGUCCAGACAUAAAACCUACAGCUUGAGCCCCAGAGACUGCCUGAAGACCUGCCUCUUCCAAAAGUGGCAAAGAAUGGUUGCACCUCCAGCUGAACCAGCCAGACAAGCUCCUAACAAGAGACGGAAAAGGAAGGUGUCCGGCGGAAGCACAGUGAGCUCUGGUGGAGGCAGCAACAACAACAGCAACAGCAAAAAGAAGAGUCCAGCCAACAGUUUCUCACUCUCCAGCCAGGUACCUGACGUGAUGAUGGUGGGAGAGCCCACUCUGAUGGGAGGGGAGUUUGGUGACGAGGACGAACGUCUGAUCACGCGACUGGAAAACACGCAGUACGAUGGUGCGAAUGGCCUGGAGGAUGAGGACAGUUUCAACAGCUCACCUGCACUGGGCUCACAGUCUCCCUGGAACAACAAGGCCCCCUCCAGUCAGGAGAGCAAGAACGACAACUCCCAGUCAUCUCAGUAGAGUACCCAAGUCCCAGCUUCUCAGUUCUUAAAAAAAAAAACCUACUGUGUCCUACCUGAGACUACGUGUUAGCGAGAGGAGUCAGGCAGGACAGCCUUGAGCACUUUUGUUAAAUUAAGUAUAGUUUGUUUUUGUGGGGGUUUUUUAUAUGUAAAGUUUAUUUUGAAGACAGAAGGAAAGUGAUUGGAGAAAGCAGUUGAAAGCUGACCAGGAGAGGUUAGGUGCAGCAGAGGCCGCUCUCGCUUCCUCACACUGUUGCAGGCGAUCGGUGGUCCUCGGCCUCGGCCCUUAUCUGCUCAGUCCUCUUAGUCCUGCGGUGAGACCCAGGCUGUGUGUGGGCCAACGAUAGCCUGUCCUGAUACCAAAGUGCUCGUCACUGUGACAGUAACGGUGGGUUCUUGUUCCAACCUCGGGUCUCAAGCGUACGAUUUUAAGACGUACCUCGUUGUUUUCUGUUGUGUUCCAUGUCACAGGAGGGAAGGGCUCAGAGCUUGAACUUGCUGAAGUUAUGUUUUUACAGGCUGCAGAGAAGAAAAAAAAAUCUAAACUGUGUGCACUCAUAGUAUCAAAACUCAACACUCGCUUUUUAAAAACUCAAUUAUUUGUUUUUGUAGGACCUGGUUGGAACAAAAACCUGUACAGUGCCGGAGCUUGAGGACCGGAGUUGAGAACCACUACGCUAAAUCUUAAACACACACACACACACACACACACACACUCUCUCUCUCUGUCUCUGUCUCUUUUGCUCUUUCUCUCUUUGUCAAAUACACACACACGCACCCAUGUUCACACACAAUCAGUACAGACACACACACAGACACAGAUUGAGGUACUGGAGAGAGGAGGCGAAGCAGCAGCGUGUCUGGACCACAGCAACAGACACUACAGACCAGUCUUUCUCCUUUUCUUUUUUUUUCUUUUUUCUUUUGUAAACAACUUCUGAAGAGAAAACACAGACAGGCAAGCAAACAAACACAGCCCCCAAAUUAUUCUUUGCACUGUUUUACACUCUAUUAAACUCUUUGUCUAUUUUUCGUAUGCAUUGACAGUGUUUUUUUGUUUUGUUUUUUUCUCCUUUUUAUUAAUGCUAAUGUGAGAAGUGUAAACCAUCUGAACUCUGCAGUAUAAUAAUGUAUAAGUAUUUGCUAUUAGAUCAUUCUUUCUGUGAUGGUAAUAACUUUCCUGUACGUCUCUGCUUGGUGUGUCAUCUAUCUGUGUCAGGUGUCACAUGGUCAUCACAUGGUCCAUCAGCUUUAGUGCUAGAACAAGGCUAGUGUUUCUUUUGUUUGUUUGUUUGUUUAUUUUAUUUUUUGUUUUUUUAAACUGUUCUCUGACCUUUUUUUCCAAGAGUCCAAAACAACCUGACUGACUGAAAAAAUCAAUUGACCUCCAAAAUCUUCAUCCAGCGUCUGGUGUUGAAUCCUCUGUCUUGUCGUUGCAAAACUGUUUAUUUGUAUUGAAAUAAAAACUCACAGAAGAACAUACAGUAACUACCGUACAUUUCUCUAAUUUGCUACUCAAACUAUUUAAAAAAAAGAAGUUUUGACUGGAUUGUAAAAUACAAGGUGGGAAAAAAAACAACUUUUGUAAAAACCACGAGUUUUCCCAGAAAUAUUUUUAAUCACAUUUGAAGAAAGCUGCAGACCAAGGAGCUCCAUGUAAAGAGUCUUUAAAUGUUACACUGCGCUGUUUUCUGUUUUUAUAAAGAACCCUUCUGUUUGGCUUUACUUUGUGUCUGUGCUUGUAUAUUUUAGCCAGUCAUUUCUGUAAGAGUUAUUAUUCUAUGUAUGUAUUCCUCCUUAGAGUUAUGGGAAAAAAACUCAAUCUUAUGUAAAGAGAUGUAAAAGCCUCUUAAGACUUUUUUUUAACGUGAUUUUUAAUGGUACAAUCACUGAUAAAAGAAUUUUCCUUCAUUUAGCAAACUGUAUUUAUUUUUCUAUGUAAGAACAUUUUCUGUUUAGGUCCCAGCCGCCUGUACGAUAGUAUAUGGAGGAGUCUGUUGAUUCAGUUGAUUCAGCUAAUAAACAGUCAUUCCAUUACUUUGGUUCUUCUUUAACCUGCAGCUCCCGGCCGCCCCGGCUUUGUUUAUUACAGUGGUUGAAUAUGUUAAAGAGACAUUUGAUAGCCAUUCUCUGCUGUUGUAGGUCUGUGGUCGAUCAGAAACCAUCAGAUGCACUGAAAAAAAAAACAAUAAAAAAACCACAUUCAGAGAAAAGAAA